AUGUAUACAAAUACAUCUUCUAGGGAAUUACUAAUGCUAGUACCAUUAGGGUUAUCUACCACACACAUCUAUCCAGCGUUUGUAUUUGGCACUCUUACCUAUCUUAUUAUUGUUUUUUGUAACUUGUUGGUAUUAACAACUAUUGCUGUGAGUAAAAAGCUGCACAAGCCCAUGUUCAUCCUGCUGAUUAACUUACCCAUUAGUGACAUUGUGGGUGCCACAGCUUUGUUUCCUCAGCUUCUUUUCAGCAUGGUGACACAGAACAGACAGAUCUCGCACCCUGCUUGUGUUAUUCAGGCAUUGCUGAUUCAUAUUUAUGGCACAGGAAACUUGUUGAUCUUGAGUGCCAUGGCAUAUGACAGAUAUAUUGCUAUAUGUUGUCCUUUGAGGUAUAAUGCAAUAAUGACCCCACACAACUUAGUUAGAAUAAUUACUUUGAUAUGGUUCCUUAAUAUUUCGCUCAUAGUCACGUUGAUUAUUCUGGUUGCCCGGAUGCAAGUUUGCAGGACGGACAUAGUGGAUUUGUACUGUAAUAAUCCAUCAUUAACUAAACUGGUCUGUGAGGACACCAUGCUGAACAACUAUUAUGGACUGGCAACUAUAGUUGUGCUUAUGGGCGGACCACUGUUAGUGAUAGCAUACACAUACGCACAGAUCUUGCGCACAUGUGUCAUGAAUAAUAAUAACAUGGAUGCUCGGAGAAAAGCCAUUCAAACAUGUGGUACACAUUUAGUUGUUUUCCUAAUCUUACAGAUUAAUACUACCUUUACACUCAUUGCUCAUCGCAUUGAAGGUGCAUCCCCAAGCAUUAGAAGAGUUCUUGGUAUAUCCGUUUUAAUAUUUCCUCCUUUAUUGGACCCAAUUAUAUAUGGACUGAAAAUAACAGAACUCAAGGAGAACAUGCUAAUGUUCCUGAGAAGAAAUGUUUUUUCAACCAAGUUUUAA